AUGGGCAACGAAUCGCUCAAGUCACGACCCUUCAUACCCGGCUUCUCCUGUUUAGCCCCAUCAAUCUACAUUCAAGAGGCCCAACAGACUCCCGAAUAUGUUCCCUCAAACUACGCAAAGUCCACCUACUCGGAUACAUCGGCAUACACUGCCGUCACAACAGCAACGACGCGACGAAUAGACGGCUCUCCAGACUUGAUCCUCCUCACCUCCUGGACCGGAGCUCUACCGAAACACAUAUCCAAAUACACUGCAGCCUACACCGAGAUGUACCCCUAUUCGCCCAUCAUGGUCAUCACCACCUCCAUCGACGACCUCACGCUACGCUCCACCGAGCAGAAGACUACCGCCAUCGCCCCAGCUAUAGGCUUUAUUCAAGGUCGCACCGGAAGGUACGACAGCAAAAUACUCCUGCACGCCUUUUCAGAAGGCGGCUCGAACAAAGCCGUCUGCCUCGCCAAGGCAUACCUCCAAUGUACAGGCCACGUUAUCCCUAUCGGGGCUUACAUCUUCGAUAGCACACCAGGCACGCCCAGAUUCAACCAAAACGUCGCCGCCUUUCGGCGUUCUUUGCCCCUCAACCCGAUAAUCCGCUUCUUUGGCAUGAUUUUCGGCUUCCUGGUCCUGUCUCUGACGUGGACCAUUUUCUGCGUCUUUAUCGGGUACGAGAACAACACCAUCACCAAGACGCGUCGGGCGCUCAACGACGAGAGUCUGUGGCCGCUCAAGGGUGUGCCGAGGACAUAUGUAUUCUCCGAGGCGGACGACUUGAUUUGGUGGAAGGAUGUUGAAGAGCAUGCCGAGAUGAGCGCGCAGGAUUUGGGCGUUACUAGUUUGGUCGUUCGGUAUAAGAAGAGUGGGCAUUGUGGGCAUGUAAGGGAGAAUGAGGCGUAUUACUGGAGCGCAGUGAGACAGACGUGGGAGGGGCGGGAUGUCGAGGUUGGGGGAGGUAUUGUGGAUGCGAGACGGGACAACUGGCGGGGGGAAUGGUGUAACAUGAUUUGA